UAAUUAUAAAAAUAGAAGUAGUACAUAUUGAGUUUUUAUACAGUCUAGUAGUUAUCUUUUAACAAACUUCAACAGAAAAUGGCGUUAGAAUUACCCUCUCUUCAGGAAGGUUUGAAAAGUAUUGCAGUGGCCGCGAGUGGCCUGCUGGCGGGUACAGCUGUGUAUAUAUCUGUGGUAGAAACCAAGAGCCGGGCGAAUUUAGACAUCAAAUCUAUGAGGAAACAAUGGAGUGAUAGCUUUGAUAAUGCUGCUGUCUUUGUGCUAGGUAUCGGGACAUUAGGUACAGUAGUCAACGUGGCUUUGUUCUUUAUGGAUACCUCACCAUAUAAAAAUCUUUGGCUGGUAGAACCUUGUUUGUUUAUCAUUGGUGGAAUAUAUACCUCAAUUGUUAUGUUACCAGAGAUCAGAGACCUCAAGAAUGAUGAAAUUGUCGCUAAAAAAGGAGACAAAUGGGUAGAAGAAGGGAUCAACAGAUGGAAAACCCGACAUUUACUCCGGACAUUGGUCAACUUGUGUGGUUCAUGCUGUGUUAUAUACACUGCACUUAAGUCACAAUAAUGUGUGUAUAUGGUUCCAACACACAUACAUGAUAGAGAAGUGUGUGUAUAUGGUUCCAACACACAUACAUGUUACAUAUUAAUAGAUUAGUUUUUCAAAAGUGCUAGCAUUACCAGCCUAUAAUGAAAACAGAACUCUAUAGUAAGUGACGUUUUCCCGACUUUACACAGCUUCUUCUAUAUAGACGCAUAUCG